AUGUCAGACACGCAGCGAAACACAUACAACUUAAGGUCCGCCUUUCUUCGUAUGCUUUCCCCUGUCUCCCGUUUUUCUUUCCCACGCACUUCCAAUCUCACGAAGUGGGACUUACAAGUUUUAGUGUGGUCAAGUCGGCAGCGCUUGGUGUCCGGUGCUGGGGCCGAGGGCCGACCUACAAAUAUCCAACCAAUUGGCCUAUGGCCUUCUGGUACCGCUGCCCGCGAUCUAGUGCUUGACCAAUUCCCCUCAAUCUUGGCUGGUGUUUACACUGCAUUUCAUAUAACACCCAACUCCAUCGACUUGAACAUUUCUUUUUCCCUUUUGUACCCCACUUCGUCCAUUGCAAUCAUCUACCUCAAGAUCCUCACCCAUCCCCGAUCUCCGCUCUAUUUUAUCGCCCGGCUGGGGCGAGCGGCGGUUGUCAAUUGGGCGGUAGUUGCCCUGUCCGCUGCAGUUGGCCAUACAAAAAAAAUCGAGGCUGAAGAACGUUCGCCUUGCCAGCUGGCUCGGGUUGUCUCUUAUUCUGAACGGGCGGGCCACGUGGGACUAGGAGUGCGUUACUCGAAAAAGAAAGGUCUAGCUAGCCCGGGUCGCUUCUUAUUCUGGGGUGUGGAAUGGGCAUUUGGGCAAUCUACUCGGGGUUCCGCAUGCAAUACCCUUCAAUGUGCUAUUAACGCGCGGGCCUCAUGUCAUAUACUUGAGGCGCAGCAAUGGCCCAUCUCAUUUGAAUCAGCCACGUUAUGGGGAUCGAUCCGUUUAUUUUUCGGGGAAAUUACUCCUUUCUUACAGAAAUGGAAUUGGCAACGAUCGUUUUCGAAUUUCACAUUAGCCAAGCCGCCGAUAUUUGCUUCGCAAUCGCUCAUGGGUAGGAUCGUCUGCGUCCCCCCUCCUUUCCCUUCCGCUUUCAGGGAGAAGGCCAUUGUUGAGGGAGGAGUCUAG